UUCUUGUUGUUUAUAUGUUUUCUAAUGUCUUUUUUCUAAAAAAAUUUUUUUGUUGUCUCUCUCAUUUAUUCACACUAUUUCUCUCUCUCAUUUCGUUUUAUGUUAAGCGUUGUUUGUUGGGCGCGUCAAUGUUUGUGAGAGCUUUAAUGUUGGGAGCACCUCUACAUACUACUUACUUUUACACACAACCAUUUGUGCCCAAUUUUCCUCUUUUCUUUUUUCCAUUUAUUCACAUCUCGGAUUUAAACAUUAAAAGCAUUUUUGUUGUUGUUAAAAGGGUUUAUUUAGAUGAACAAAACUUGUUUUUAAAAAUAUUUUUCUUUUUUAUUCUUUGCUGUUUGAAAUGUUUUUACUCUAAUUUUUUGUUUAAAUUUAGAAGAAAUACCGUAUUUCUUCUAAUAGUGCGACCGGUCGGUUUAUUUUUCAAUCUUCCUCUAGAGGGUCGGUUUAUUAGAAGGGGUCAGUCUAAUAGAGAGAGUCGCACUAUUAGAAGAAAUACGGUAGUUAUCUCGCCUAGGAUUUAUAUUUAAAAAGAUUAUUUUUCAAAAUUAGAGGAUUAAUCCUUGCCUAAUUAGUUUCUGUUCUUAUAAAAUUUGCCCUCUUGGGGUGCUAAAAUUUUUUAUUUUAAAUAAAUUUUUAUUCAAAACAUACACUAGAAUGUUUAUUCAAACAAUUUUUUCCACUUUUUCUUAUCCUCUAAAUCCAUUCCUGACAUCUCCCCACUCCCUC